AUGUUAUUAUUCCAUCAACCAAAUGCUUUUGCAGAAGACUCUUCUACGUCAGGAUUUCCAGUGCCACCUGAAAUAGAUGUAACAGCUCCUUAUCCGGAUCUAUUCCCGGAGCAAUCAGGAAUUACUGCAGGUUUUCCAAUCGAAGAUACUAAUGAUGAUUCUAAGGAAUCAGUUACAAGCAAAUAUCCGGGUACAAAACCUGGUUUUCCAGGAAAUCCAGAGAGCAGUGUUAUACCUAAUCAGAAUGCAAAUAGUUCUACUACGUUGAAGCCAGCAGAAGGAUCAGGAGAUGAGGUUGGUCACGAAAGUCAUAGCUCACACGAGAGUCACUCUUCUCAUGAAACUAACAACUCUCAUGAAUCUCAUACUUCACACGAAAGCCACACCUCACAUGAAUCUCAUAGUUCUCAUGAAAGCCACAGUUCCCAUGAAAGCCAUAGCUCGCAUGAGUCGUCUGGAAAUACUGAAGAAGAUUCUGAAACACCAACGCCAGGGUAUCCCGAAGAUUCCGGAAAUAUGGUUACUCCUGUAUUGCCAGAUAUAGGAGCCACUAAUGCUCCUGAAUUAAGCUCUACAGGGACUCCUAGGCCAACUCCAGGAAUUCCUGGACAUGGACACAAUUCUCACGAAAGUCAUAGUUCACAUGAAAGUCAUAGCUCUCAUGAAUCUAACAGCUCUCAUGAGAGCCAAACAUCUCAUGAGUCUCACAGUUCUCAUGAAAGUCACAGUUCACACGAGACGUCAGGAAAUUCCGGAGAAGAUUCUGGAAUAUUGGCUCCUGGAUAUCCAGGACAGCCCGGAAUUAACGUAACUCCUGAAUUACCAGAUACAGGAAACACGAAUUCUACAACACACAGUUCGACGAGUCAUCCAGGACCAACGCCAGGAAUUCCUGGCCAUGGCGAUUCUCAUGAAAACCACAAUUCCCACGAAAACCACAAUUCUCACGAAAGUCAUAGCUCACAUGAAAGUCAUAGCUCUCAUGAAUCUAAUAGCUCUCACGAGAGUCAAACAUCCCACGAGUCUCACAGUUCUCAUGAAAGUCACAGUUCACACGAGACGUCAGGAAAUUCCGGAGAAGAUUCUGGAACAUUGGCUCCUGGAUAUCCAGGACAGCCCGGAAAUAACGUAACUCCUGAAUUACCAGAUGCAGGAAACACGAAUUCUCCAACAACAGUUCGACGAGUCAUCCAGGACCAACGCCAGGAAUUCCUGGCCAUGGCGAUUCUCAUGAAAACCACAAUUCUCACGAAAGUCAUAGCUCACAUGAAAGUCAUAGCUCUCAUGAAUCUAAUAGCUCUCAUGAGAGUCAAACAUCCCACGAGUCUCACAGUUCUCAUGAAAGUCACAGUUCACAUGAGACUUCAGGACAUUCAGGAGAAGACUCAGGAACAUUGGCUCCUGGAUAUCCAGGACAGCCCGGAAAUAACGUCACUCCUGGAUUACCAGAUACAAAUUCCUCAACACCCAGUUCUACGAGUCAUCCAGGACCAACGCCAGGAAUUCCUGGCCAUGGCGAUUCUCAUGAAAACCACAAUUCCCACGAAAACCACAAUUCUCACGAAAGUCAUAGCUCACAUGAAAGUCAUAGCUCUCAUGAAUCUAAUAGCUCUCAUGAGAGUCAAACAUCCCACGAGUCUCACAGUUCUCAUGAAAGUCACAGUUCACACGAGACUUCAGGAAAUUCUGGAGAAGAUUCUGGAACAUUGGCUCCUGGAUAUCCUGGACAGCCUGGAAAUAACGUCACUCCUGAAUUACCAGAUACAGGAAACACAAUUCCCCAGCACAUUCUUCGACAAGUCAACCAGGACCAACUCCAGAAUUCCUGGCCAUGGAGAUUCACACGAAAACCACAAUUCUCACGAAAGUCAUAGCUCACAUGAAAGUCAUAGCUCUCAUGAAUCUAAUAGCUCUCAUGAGAGUCAAACAUCCCACGAGUCUCACAGUUCUCAUGAAAGUCACAGUUCACAUGAGACUUCAGGACAUUCAGGAGAAGACUCAGGAACAUUGGCUCCUGGAUAUCCAGGACAGCCCGGAAAUAACGUCACUCCUGGAUUACCAGGUUCAAAUUCCUCAACACUCACUUCCACGAGUCAUCCAGGACCAACGCCAGGAAUUCCUGGUCAUGGCGAUUCUCAUGAAAACCACAAUUCUCACGAAAGUCAUAGCUCACAUGAAAGUCAUAGCUCUCAUGAAUCAAACAGCUCUCAUGAAUCAAAUAGCUCUCAUGAGAGUCAAACAUCUCACGAGUCUCACAGUUCUCAUGAAAGUCACAGCUCACACGAGACCUCAGAAAAUUCUGGAGAAGAUUCUGGGACAUUGGCUCCUGGAUAUCCAGGACAACCCGGAAAUAACGUCACUUCUGGAUUACCAGAUACAGGAAACACAAAUUCCCCAGCACAUUCUUCGACAAGUCAACCAGGACCAACUCCAGGAAUUCCUGGCCAUGGAGAUUCACACGAAAGUCAUAGCUCACAUGAAAGUCAUAGCUCACAUGAAAGUCAUAGCUCUCAUGAAUCUAAUAGCUCUCAUGAGAGUCAAACAUCCCACGAGUCUCACAGUUCUCAUGAAAGCCACAGUUCACACGAGACUUCAGGAAAUUCCGGAGAAGAUUCUGGAACAUUGGCUCCUGGAUAUCCAGGACAACCCGGAAAUAACGUCACUCCGGGAUUACCAAGCACAAAUUCCUCAACACCCAGUCCGACGAGUCAUCCAGGACCAACGCCAGGAAUUCCUGGCCAUGGCGAUUCUCAGGAAAACCACAAUUCUCACGAAAGUCAUAGCUCACAUGAAAGUCAUAGCUCUCAUGAAUCUAAUAGCUCUCAUGAGAGUCAAACAUCCACGAGUCUCACAGUUCUCAUGAAAGUCACAGUUCACAUGAGACUUCAGGACAUUCAGGAGAAGACUCAGGAACAUUGUUCUACGAGUCAUCCAGGACCAACGCCAGGAAUUCCUGGCCAUGGCGAUUCACAUGAAAACCACAAUUCUCACGAAAACCACAAUUCUCACGAAAGUCAUAGCUCACAUGAAAGUCAUAGCUCUCAUGAAUCGAAUAGCUCUCAUGAGAGUCAAACAUCUCACGAAUCUCACAGUUCUCAUGAAAGUCACAGCUCACACGAGACCUCAGAAAAUUCAGGAGAAGAAUCUGAAACACCAACACCAGGAUAUCCAGGACAACCUGAAAAUAAUGUAACUCCUGGAAUACCGAAUACAGGAAACACACAUGCUCCUGAAAUAAGCUCUACCAGUCAUCCAGGGCCAACUCCAGGAAUUCCAGGCCACGGAGAUUCACAUGAAAGCCAUAACUCACACGAAUCUCACUCUUCUCAUGAAUCUAACACCUCCCAUGAAUCCCAAUCAUCUCAUGAAUCCCACUCUUCUCACGAAUGUAACACCUCCCAUGAAUCCCACUCUUCUCACGAAUCCCACUCCUCGCAUGAAACAUCACAAGAAUCAGGCCAACCAGAGGCAGGAUUUCCUGGUCAACCAACUCAAAAACCAGGAUCAAGUUCUACCAGCAAUCCUUGCAUUUGUCCUGUAGAUUCAUCAAGUAACUCUGACAUUACAUUCGACAUAGAAAACUUUAUGGAAAAGAUAACUAAUCCAGAAGCCAGGCAGGAAUUAGAAGAAUUUCUCCAAAAUUGGGAAGUGAAGGUAAUUGUCAAGAAGAGGAAGUAG